AUGGUGCUAUGCCAUGUAUGCGAUUUCUCCAGAUUUUCCGAUAGCGAUUUCGAUGUAAAAAAAUGGGUUAACGCAGCUCUUCGAUCAAAUAAAGAUCCCAACGUUGCCUUAGAUGCUCAUGCAUCAACUCUAGUCAUGAAAUUACAACUUUAUAUUCAGGAAGCCAAUAAUACAUUAGAAGAAGAAAGCCAGCAAAUGGUUCAAAAUCUACCUAGGGUUCUACGUGAAAUUGAAGGGGUCUAUAAAGAGACAACUUUAUUAAAAGAUCAGAUGAACUCUGUCAAAAACGAUAUAGAGAAGGUGGAGAUAGAAACAUCUGAAUCCAUGAAAAUGCUAGUUGAAUUAGACAGCAUUAAAUCUCGGAUGCAAGCUGCCUCUAAUGUCAUACAAGAAGCUGAUAAUUGGAGCGUUUUAGUGUCAGAUGUGGAUGGUAUCUGUAAGCGUGGAGAUAUUGAUGCUGAAGUUCUUAACUACUUACCGGAUUAUGAAAAGCGUAAACAAACGUUAGAAAAAUUAAAAGAUAAAUUAGAAGCUUUAGUAUCGCCGAAACUCAUCGCUGCUUUUAAUGAUCAUGAUAUAGAAGCAACACGCGAUUAUGUCAGAAUAUUUCAGGAUAUCUAUCGCAUGAACUUCUUAGAACGUUACUACAAUCAUUGUCGUAAAAGUGUUCUACAGGAUGCCUGGUCAGCGUUAAUUAGAGAAGAUAUGGAAACGUUACCAAUGUUUGAAGAAUUUUAUGACUUAGUUUUAUCGAGCUGGCAUGCAGAGGUUUCUUGGUGUGUACAGAUAUUUCCGAAUGCAAUUGAUUUAGUUAAUAGCGUGCUUGCACAAAGUUUAUCUGCUUUAGACCCGUCCAUAUAUCAAUACAUAAGUGACUACAUCAACGACUUUGCUAAUCCAGUAAUGAAAAUUGAACAGCUAACUGCUUUUAGAAAGUGUACAUUUAGAUUUGCUGAAGGUCUCGAUACUGCUUUAAGCAACCAGCAAAUUAAUGAUCCAAGAACAACAAAUCAACUUGUACAAGCUAUCCAUUCUCCAUUUACAAAACUUUUACUGAAAUACUCUGACUGGGAGAAAGAAAAUCUUAUGGCUAAUCUUAAAUCAUUAAGUUUUGAGAUAGAUGGUAUUCUUGACACAGUGAGUCGAAUUAAUGAAUACGUUGGUAAGGCGUUUACGUGGGCGAAUGAGGCUAGAAACAGAUGCUUUGAUCUAACUCAGGGUUGUGGUAUUUAUGGGCUAGGGAGUGCAUUAGAGACGUAUUUCAUCAAGUACCUAAACGAACACUUUGAUAUCGUAAAAAAUUUACGCGAUUUAUGUCGUAUUGGGGUCCUUUCAAAUAUAACAGCUCCUUCACCUGCUAGUCAAAAUACCGAGUUUCAAGAUGACUGGACAGUUUUUCAGAACGCUUUUCGAUUAAUUCAAACUUGCGGUGAUAUAAUAAUUAAAUCUAAUAGCUUAAGCGCGCGAUUACAGAAAAGUAUUAACAAUCAGGCGGACAAACUACUGGCACCCGCAAAUUUGCAGAGAACUUUAGUCCAUUACAACUAUCUUGUAGAUGACGAUUCAGAAGAGAUGUCUUCCUUGUCGUAUUUAGUUGAAAGAUGCCAACAAGCCCUUAAAUCUGUCAAGGUUUGGAGUGCUGAAAAAGAAGUUUCUGAUGUAUCUAAUGAAGAUUUACCCACAUUUAUAUCUCCUUCAAGUUAUAUUACCCAAAUUGGCGAUUAUUUACUUAACUUACCGCAACAGCUGGAGCCAUUCGCUACUCAAAAUAAUCCUUCCCUUGAAAUGGCUCUGAAGGAAGGAAAAUUGCCUUACCCGGAUACUUCUGAUAACGAAGAUACUUCAUUAAACGUAAACGAUACUACAAUCUACUGGUUGGGUGCUGUUGCUAGAGGAACUGUACUGACGUACGUCGAGAACAUUAUGAAAAUACCCACUUUAACUGAUCACGCAGCUAGACAGUUAAUUGAAGAUAUAGAAUACUUAUUUAAUAUCCUGGAAGCACUAGAAAUAUCACCAGGGAUAAAACUUAAGCAAAUCGUUUUACUAUUAAAGUCUCCGUCUUCGUUGACUGAAAAUGAUAAAUUGAGAUCGCUUCGAAGCGGCGAUUAUAAUCAAGAAACAGCUGCUUAA